CUGUUUGGACCCUCAUCUCGGGUUCGACAUCAACAGAUGACGCGUCCACAAACAUCAUCGCCGUCGUCAUCAGUGUGUGUGCGUUCACUCUGCCUUUGCAAUUACUGACACGGUCACUGGACCCCCAUCUUAAUUAAAGGCGGAAGCGAUCACCGCCGAAAAGGCUAAAGUUAGCUUAAACACCAAAAAAUGUCCUUGAAUACGCUAGCAGCGCUUGGCGGGAGUUGGCGGUCAGGCUCAUCCGGAAAACACGACUUGUCUCUGGUGCUCAGGUGAAGCGCCGCCGUUGUGUGCAAGGCGAAGGGCAAGAGACACUUGAAGACGAGGGAUGAGUAGGAGACACAGAAGAGGGUCCGCCAUCGUUAAGUUGCCACCGGAAACUGCAGUUCAGUUAGUCGACACCGGGGGCGACAUAGUCUCUAUGGAACUGUGGUGUUUUGUCCAUGAAGAAGAAUAGAUGGCGGAUGUAAACACAGGUAAGGUGAGAAGAGCUAUUCCCGAGGACAGUUAAUGGAUUUGUGUUUCCUCGUGUGGAUAUAUAAAAUAUAUUUAAAGUUCUUCAACAGACAUACUUAAAAUAUGUCGAAGCUUUCCCCGUUCUUCUGCUACAUGUACAACAAUUUACGGAGUCGAGUUACGUGGAGGAGGGACUCUCUAGGCGUCCCCUACUCGCCUCCAGCCGGGCUCACAUGGGUCGCGAUGGCCGGCAAGAAGGACCUGAUCGACCUCCCUGUCUUGGAUGAAGGCGAGCUGGAGGAGCAGUUUGUCAGAGGAUCUGGACCUGGGGGUCAGGCUACCAACAAAACCAGCAACUGCGUGGUCCUCAAGCACAUUCCUUCUGGACUUGUGGUGAAGUGUCAUCAAACCAGAUCAGUGGAUAUCAAUCGAAAGCGAGCCCGGGAAAUCAUGCGUGAGAAACUCGAUGUUUUUCACAAAGGAGCGCAAAGCGAAGUCCUCGUGAGGAAGAGAGAGUCUGAAGCAAUGAAGCAAGAGAAACGGAGGAAAGCUAAGGAGAACCUGGAGAGAAAAAAACUGUUCAAAGAGGCCCUGCUUGCUGAAGCCAAGCCUGGGAGUGACACUGUUUAAAAUUGUUUGGGAUAAU